AUGGCUGACAAGGGCCGUCCAUUGCCAAAGUUUGGAGAAUGGGAUGUGAAUGACCCUUCAUCAGCUGAGGGAUUCACUGUCAUCUUCAACAAAGCUAGAAACGAGAAAAAAGGUGGUGGAAAAUCUGACUCGCCGGGGAAAGAUGAACCUGGAUAUAAUAAAAAUGGCCAGGUUCUUGGCAAGCCAACAAAAAAAUGGUUUUGCUGUAUACAAUCCACUCGCACAGAAUAG